ACCCCUUCCCCCGCCUUUGCCGCUGCUACCACACACACGCACGCUUCUCUCCAUCUUGUGAUUCCUUUUUUCUCCCGAACCCCAGUGGGGGUGCGAGUUUGUCUUUAUCCCUUACUCCCCACCCCACCCCCCGCCCGCAAUUCGCCGCCUUCUUUUCUUCUCGCUCUCUUGCCCCUCCCCAGCUUGGUGUGCGCCUCUUUCCUUUCUCGCCCCCCUUCAUUUUAUUUAUUCAUAUUUAUUUGGCGCCUGCUCUCUCUUUCUGUCCCCUUCCCUCCCUCCCUCCCUCCGGAUCCCCGCUCUCUCCCCGGAGUGGCGCGUCGGGGGCUCCGCCGCUGGCCAGGCGUGAUGUUGCACGUGGAGAUGUUGACGCUGGUGUUUCUGGUGCUCUGGAUGUGUGUGUUCAGCCAGGACCCGGGCUCCAAGGCCGUCGCCGACCGCUACGCUGUCUACUGGAACAGCAGCAACCCCAGAUUCCAGAGGGGUGACUACCACAUUGAUGUCUGUAUUAAUGACUACCUGGAUGUUUUCUGCCCUCACUAUGAGGACUCCGUCCCAGAAGAUAAGACUGAGCGCUAUGUCCUCUACAUGGUCAACUUUGAUGGGUACAGUGCCUGCGACCACACUUCCAAAGGCUUCAAGAGAUGGGAAUGUAACCGGCCUCACUCUCCAAAUGGACCACUGAAGUUCUCUGAAAAAUUCCAGCUCUUCACUCCCUUUUCUCUAGGAUUUGAAUUCAGGCCAGGCCGAGAAUAUUUCUACAUCUCCUCUGCAAUCCCAGAUAAUGGAAGAAGGUCCUGCCUAAAACUCAAAGUCUUUGUGAGACCAACAAAUAGCUGUAUGAAAACUAUAGGUGUUCAUGAUCGUGUUUUCGAUGUUAACGACAAAGUAGAAAAUUCAUUAGAACCAGCAGAUGACACCGUACAUGAGUCAGCCGAGCCAUCCCGCGGCGAGAACGCGGCACAAACACCAAGGAUACCCAGCCGCCUUUUGGCAAUCCUACUGUUCCUCCUGGCGAUGCUUUUGACAUUAUAGCACAGUCUCCUCCCGUCACCUGUCACAGAAAACAUCAGGGUCUUGGAACACCAGAGAUCCACCUAACUGCUCAUCCUAAGAAGGGACUUGUUAUUGGUUUUUGGCAGAUGUCAGAUUUUUGUUUUCUUUCCUUCAGUCUGAAUUCUAAACAACAACUUGGGGUUGGGGGGACUGAAUAAACUAGUUGCUGCCUCCCUCACCCCACCCCCGGCCCUUGCCCUUGACUUCUCUCACCCCUUCCAAAUUAAAUGGACUCCAGGUGAAAAUGCCAAAUUUUCGUAGUGACACCAGUGGUUCCUCAGCUCCUGUGCAUUCUCCUCUAAGAGCUCACUUCCGUUAGCACACUGUGUGGAUGGUAUAUGGACAAGGAAGAAUAGUGGCAGAUGCAGCCAGUGAUGGCCAGGCCCGGGAGGGUUUCACUCUCCUAUACAAUAUUUAUGCCUUCUCAUUCAGGACUGUAAGAUGAUCAUGCAGGGCAUCAUGUCACCAUGUCAGGUCCAGAGGGGAGGUAUUAAGAAUAGAUAUAAUAUUACACCAUUUCCUCUAGGAGUAUAUAAAUGAACAGGCUUCUAAAAGGUUGAGACACUGGGUUUUUUAAAAAAUAUGACUGUCUUAAAGCAUUCUUGACAGCAAACUUGUAUUCUGUAAAAGAAGCCUUUUUUUUCCAGGAGGCGAGUUGGGUGCAGGAAUGCUAAUACAGAGCAAGUGUGAAAACAGAGCAAACUAUGUUUGGUGGGGGUGUGUAUGUGUGAGUGCCUCUAAUUUUUUUUGGUGACUGGGCAGUGCACACCAGAUCUUUUUUUUUUUUUUUCCUUUGAAUAAAGAUCACCAUGGUGCUACAACUUUUUUUUUUUUUUUUUUAGAAACUCAAAGAGGCAUUUUUAUGAAUAAAGUGACCUUCCCCAAGGCUGACAAGCCAGGGUUGAUGAUUGCAGAGUGGAAUAGCUUUGGCUGCUCCUCUGGGGGAUGAUAUGUACCAAGGAAAGGAUGUCAGUGGCCAGAGGAGAUGUGAUUUGGCUUUGCUGGAGCGCCAGUGUGCUGUGGCCUUUUCCCGACUCCCACCCCAAUGCCCACGUUUUGCUCCACACUCCACAACUGCAGGGGGCUCAGACAAAAAAAAAAAAAAAAUCCCCUGUCACCAGGAGAGUCAGUCAGCACUACUUGGGAGGGCUAAAGGGAAAUUUGGAAUAAAAAUUCCAAAGUUUGGAAUAAAAGAAUUCAAGCAUUGAUUUUAUAUUCUUUCCCUUUCUGACACAGCCUAAAGCGUAGGGGGAACACGUGUUUAUCUGUGGGAGAUAAACAAGAUGGAGUCCCAAAGACUUUAACAAAAUAUUUUUUUAAAAAUCCACUAGAAUAGAAAAUACAUUAUUUAGAUAUACUUUAUGCUGAGAGUGAGUAUAUAUGCUUGUCCUAUUUAAACUUGUGAGAAAAAGUGGUAUCCCUUGAUACAUUAGAAAUAUGGGGGCUAUCUUGUUUCAUUGUGGGGGUGGGGCAGAAGGAGAAUAAACACAGGAUGACCCUGUUUAAGGAAUCUUAGCAUGGCCAACAGGGGACGUUUCCAGUUGAUUACCAGGAAAUGUGAGCCUUGGGGUUUCUACUGGUGGGACUGUCAUGAACUUUAAACUCCAAAGCCUAGACAGGGAGAAGUGUCAGACCAAUGGAAAAGUGAUCUAGCCUUUUAUGCUAUUGCACGACAUGUCAAUAGAAACCAUGCCUUUCAAAAUAAUUAAGGAAGUCAAUAAAUGCAAUGAUCAUGUAAAAUGUGAAAAAUUUGAAAGCAUUCCAGCAAAAUAAGGAUUUUUAUAUAUUCGUUUUUUAAAAUGUAUAUGUAAAAAAAAAACGGGGGGUCAUGUUAUGGACGGACUUCAUGAAUGGGAAUUUGCUUAGAAUUGUGAGUAGUUUUGAAUUAAAAAAAUAUGUGAAUGAAAGGCAGCUGUAAAUGUACUGCACCCUAGAGAGUUGUACACAUGUUGAAAUGUAAUCUGGGCUUACCUGAUGGUUUGGAGUGGAUGUUACUGCUGAGUCUGUUCUCACUUGGAACUUUGUGAGUGGGGUUGCCAGCUUCGCAGAUACAAUCAACCCUUCUCCCCAAUAUCAGGAACUUCUCUGGAGUGGCAGAGUCUUAUCACAGAAGGCACCCACUAUUUCAUUGAAACAAAAGUCCACAGCAUUCAAUUCCUUUUUCCUUUAGCUAUUUAUAUGCUCAAUACUCUCAGUAGUAUCCAGAAAUCCUAUUCUUUUUAUUAAUAGUUACAGGCUUGUUGGUCCAGUGGGACUUGGGUAGGGGGAAAAAAAGAUACCUUUUAAAAUGGAUCAAUAGGCAGAACGAAAAUAAUACUGCAUGUUCUAUAGCCGAGGAAAUCAAACAAUCCUGUAAUAAUUCCAGUUAGUCAUAACUACAUUAGCAGUGCUAAUUUCAUUUUAGAAAUGGUGACUUCUGUGGUUUUUCUAGCAUUUGUCUCUAACAAAUAAUGAAAUAAUUACUCAUGGCCCUCUCUGCCAUUGUCUUUCAUUUUUCACAGGGAAAUUAGACCCUUUUACUUCACUAUUGUGCCACCACAAAUUAAGUUAAAAAAAAUUAGCAAGACUUUCCACACCAGUAGACAAUAUGCUUCUCAACCUAUAAAUGACAUAAUCGUAGCUAAUGCACUUGCCGUGGAGUUUUCAAGAAGAUGAUUGGUAUCAGACAGUUUUCAUCUUGUCCAAAAAAACGCUGGUGGCCUUUUGUAGUGGUGUUACAAUCCUCUGGGGGCUUAGGAGGAUGUCAUGUAACUUUGUAGCAGCUUUUAAUUUAAAAAAAAAUUCAAAGCCUGAAGGGCAGCCAUGACUGCCCCUCAGCCCCAGUUGGUCAAACCCCAGCGACCUUUGCCCCUGGUUGCCAAGGGCUUUGCAACAUGAAGCAGGGAAAUAAGGAUCUGUCUGUUUAGUGGAUACCGUGUAUCCUGUAAUAGACCAGGUAACAGUUCGUGUUAGUUUAGACUAUUGUUUUGUAUUGUACUUUCUUGGGUGGCAGAGGAAAGAAAAGAAAAACAUUAAAAAAAAAAAAAGCGUUCUUUAAAUUCUGUAUUAUUAGCAACCUCUGUUGUAUAUAGUGUUUGAUAAUAAAGUAUUAAUUUGAUUCUUAUGUCUUUUGUAAGUGAGAACAAUAGACUUUCAGGAUACAAAACAUGCAUUGAGGCUUUGAAACAUCCAGUGUGUACAUGACUAAGAAAAGUCACAAAUGGCUGAGACACUGCUCCAUAUACAGGACUCAUGUGGUCAUCACCCACCUAAGCUUAAGACUCCAUCAUCUUGGGACCUGGAACAACAUGACUUUUUUGACCAAUAUCUUGUCCUCAAUGUUUUCAAGGUCUGAUGUUGGAGUCCUAUGGUCCUCCCCUACCCUAAGCAUGUGGUUUGAAAAGGUUUGGAGAAGUUAGUAAUGGUUCUGUACUUUGGUUUGGUUUUCUGUUUAUGGUUGUUUCAUGGACUGUUUCAUUUUUCCCAGGAAAAGUCUUGUCGGUAUCAAGUGCAGCUCAGGCACAGGAAAGGUUGAAAACCAAUCCCUUUAGGAAGAUUAAAUGGGGGCUGUUUCCCUCUGUACAAUGUGAGAGGAAGAGUCACACUGUACCUGUAGAUUUUCAGGGACUCUGUUUUUCUCCGGUGCCUUAGCAACGGCUGCAGCCAUUUUUUAUUAGUUUCAAAAAAUUAGAAAAACAGUUUUUAGCUCCUCCCUUCCAUUCAUUGCUCUCAAAGUUGUGGUCACUGGCUUUUGUUUUGAAAAACCACCUCCACCAGCACCCUGGUUUGCCUUACAACUCCCUCAACUUUUUAUGUUUUUUUAAAAUUAUUAUUAUUUGUCUCUCGCUUUCCUCCUACAUUUUAUUUUCCCUCAGAGCCGUGAAUGGGCAGGUCUGUCUCUGGUGUGGCAUCACUGAGUUUUUCCCAUGCAUUUGCCCCAGAGCUGCUCGGAUGUGAGACAAAUCUCCCUACAAUGGGCUUGCUCCCAUUGUCUGUACAGUUUAAUAGAUGCUGGCAUGUUGGAGGUACCCAUGAGUCAAAAUCCGCUUUCCAUGCUUACUCUUGACACCCCAUUGAAGCCACUCAUUGUGUGUGCGUCUGGGUGUGAAGUCCAGCUCCGUGUGGUCCUGUGCUUGUACUGCCCUGCUUUGCAGUUCCUUUGCACUUACUCAUCGAGUGCUGUUUUGAAAUGCUGACAUUAUAUAAACGUAAAAGAAAAUGUAAAAAAAAAAAAAAAAAACCCACACACAAACAAACCCAUACAAUCUGUAUUUGUAUAUACACGUGUCCGUACAAGUAUACCUAAAUAAAAAUUAAAGAUUUUCAUCAUUUUAAUUGGA